AUGGAGCCCAAGGAGAAGCUCUGCAAGAAACCACGAGGUCAGGAAGUUGGAGUCAAGCCCCAGGUUGCUGGGAUGGAGGCAGAGGAACCACUACAGGAUUCAGCCCCACUCAUUCAGGAUGACCAGGGCAAGCAGUCACCACCCGCCAGCACAGAGUCAGGAAGGAAGCCACUUCCAAAGAGCUCUGGAGAACUGAUGAAAACAGAUAGCUGCAGAGUGUGCAGGCCGCCCAGCUCCAGGGCUCUCCACAAAGACCCAGCACCAGCUGCAUGCAGUCCUCAGCCCCAGAAGGAAGGUUCUCCCAUCCCAGACGGAGAGGUAAAGAGAGUGAAGAGACCCCUUUCUCCAGCCCCUGGUAAGCAGAGAAAUCUUCUUGGUACAUUGUCCCAAAACAGUCAGGAAGACAACGUGAAGAAGGAGUCCCCAGAAAUGACCUGCCAAGUUCGGAAAAAGACUCGAACCCUGUACCGCUCAGACCAGCUAGAGGAGCUGGAGCGGAUAUUCCAGGAAGACCACUACCCUGACAGCGACAAGCGCCGAGAGAUCGCCCAAAUAGUGGGGGUCACCCCCCAACGCAUCAUGGUGUGGUUCCAGAACCGCAGGGCAAAGUGGCGAAAAGUGGAGAAGCUGAACGAGAAGGAGAACAAGGACACUCCUGCAGUCCCUGGUGCUGGCAGCACUCAGUGUAGGUCUAUCCCUGAGCUCCCACCUCCUAUGCCUACACACUUGGAAGUUAGCACUGUUCUUCCAGAUCCCCCUCUGGAUACCUUUCCAGAGCCCUCCAUGCUACUGACUUCUGACCAGACUCUGGCCCCUACCAAGCAAAGUGAGGGUUCUCAGAGAGGAGUGGUGACCCCACCACUUUUCAGCCCCCCACCUAUUCAAAGAACAAACCAUCCUCUUCCUCUGGGUCCUGUCCACACUCCUCAACUGAUGCCUUGGCUGAGGGAUGUUCCUGGAAGUGACAGCAGCCACAAGAAUGGUCUCUGUGGGGCCUGGGGGAGCAGCAUCACCCCACCACCCACCUGCUCAUAUAUGGAAGACCUGGAGCUUCAGGACCACCAGCCAAGCGGCCAGAUGGGCUCCUUCCAGUUCUCCCAGGCACCACAGACUCAACUUUUCCCACCCUUUCAGCCCCAGUUUCCCUACCUCCCCCCCUUUCCUUUCCCCAUUCCAAGCUCGCUGGCAUUUCUACCACCAGAAGACUCUCUCUUUUCAUUCCCUUUCGGCCUCAGUGGGGGCACAUCACAGGAUUACUGCCCAGGGCCUCCAUAUGGGCAGGUCUUGUUACAGCCACCUCCUGGACCUAUGGGACCAGUCCCCUGGAGCGACCCUUGUUUGCCAGAAGUGCCUUUCCCUGGUCCGCUCUGCCCACAGGCUCUAGAGCAUCCCUUGGGAGAUGGCUACUUGCCUGACUUGCUUGCAGCUCCAUAUGCUCAGACUGUGAGUAAGCUGCCUUCAUUAGGCAUCAGUGGGCUGCCUGAAGGCACCAGACCAGCAACAGGGUCCUCGCUAAGCGAUGUACAAGAAGGGCAGCUUGCCUCUUCCCUUGAGCAGCUGGCACCAGAGGAGGUCAGAGACGAAGAUAAGAAUAGCCAUGCCACCUAA